GUGGCAAAACAUGGCCACGGCCACGAAAGUUGCUCAAUGUGUUGUGAUUCUUCUUCUGCUUAAUAGCAUGUCCGUACUGAGUUAUUUACAGUUUGUAGUUCCUGGUGUAACAGAGGCUGAGAGUAGUAAGACUCAUGUUUCCAAUUUAUCAUCCGGGCUAUACCCUUACUUCUCAAACAGGACCGUGGAUGGAAACUUCAGUCAAAAAAUAUUAGCCUGCUUACACACAGCUGAUGAGUCAGGUAUCAGAGAGGCAUGGCUACGAAUCGAUCUACAAAUCGUAAGAAGUAUCAAGUCUGUGAAAUUCUGGUACAGGAAUGACAGAGGCCAUCCACAUACGAGCACAAUACGUUUGCGAGGGUACAGUAUUCGUGUAUCAAACACAUCAGACGUAUUUCCUGGUAAUUCAACAGAUGUGUGUUUCACUCAUGAUAGCUCACCAAUGUCGCAAACUAUCAUUCAGGAAGACUGUAAGAGAACAACAAGAUAUAUAUGGUUUUAUCAGCCGCAUGGAAGAGACUCGAGAAAUAGUGCUCCAAUUUUGGAAAUAUGCGAAGUAGAGAUUUUCGGUUGUAAUACAGGAUCAUAUGGCGUUAACUGCUCAAAAACAUGCGGCCAUUGUAAUAAUAGUGAAACCUGUGAUAUUGACACAGGGGAAUGUGAUGAUAAUGGGUGUGCACUUCCGGGUUUGCGUCCACCAAUAUGUGAUGAAUGUAGAUUUGGAUCAUACGGAUCUAACUGUAGUCUUAAUUGCAGUUCGUACUGUCAAAAUAAAACUUGUGACCGUUCAUCUGGAGAGUGCCUGCAUGGGUGUAAACCUGGAUAUCAAAUGCCCAAUUGUGUCAUACCUUGUACGGCCGGACAUUAUGGAGAUAAUUGCACCAAGACAUGUGGAAACUGUUUAGAUGAUAAGACAUGUAACAAUGUCAACGGUACCUGUACAGAUGGAUGCAAAGAGGGGUUUAAAGGGGAUCUUUGCAUAACAAAUUGCAGUGAGUCUUUUGAAUACGGACAAAACUGUCAGAACCGAUGUAGCUAUCACUGUUACAACAACGACACUUGUGACCCUAUCUUCGGAAACUGUAGCAGAUGCGCUUCCGGUUAUCGAAAUGCAAAGUGUGAUGAAAAAUGCAAUAAUGGAACUUAUGGAGAGAAUUGUACGUACCAAUGUGGGAAAUGUCUUGAUGCAGUGACUUGUAACCACGUUAAUGGCACGUGCCCUAAGGGAUGUAAACCUGGAUGGCAGAACACAGAAAAGUGUGAUAAACAAUGCAAUAAUGGAACUUAUGGAGAGAAUUGUACGUACCAAUGUGGGGAAUGUCUUAAUGCAGUGACUUGUAACCACGUUAAUGGAACGUGCCCUAAGGGAUGUAAACCUGGAUGGCAGAACACAGACAAGUGUGAUAAACAAUGCAGUACUUAUGAAUACGGACAAAACUGUCAGAACCGAUGUAGCUAUCACUGUUACAACAACGACACUUGUGACCCUAUCUUCGGAAACUGUAGCAGAUGCGCUUCCGGUUAUCAAAAUGCAAAGUGUGAUGAAAAAUGCAAUAAUGGAACUUAUGGAGAGAAUUGUACGUACCAAUGUGGGGAAUGUCUUAAUGCAGUGACUUGUAACCACGUUAAUGGAACGUGCCCUAAGGGAUGUAAACCUGGAUGGCAGAACACAGACAAGUGUGAUAAACAAUGCAAUAAUGGAACUUAUGGAGAGAAUUGUACGUACCAAUGUGGGGCCUGUCUUAAUGCAGUGACUUGUAACCACAUUAAUGGCACGUGCCCUAAAGGAUGUAAACCUGGAUGGCAGACCACAGACAAGUGUGAUAAACCUUGUCGAAAUGGUACAUUUGGAAUCAAUUGCAUGUAUAACUGCAGUGGAAACUGUGAGAAAAAUGACACUUGUGACAGGAGAAACGGAGCAUGCGUUAAUUGUGCUCCUGGAUGGGAAAAUCAACAUUGUAACAAAACUUGCGAUGUUGGAUCGUACGGUUCAAACUGUGAUAAAGCAUGUGGACGUUGUCUCGGGGCUGGCAAUUGUUCCUUAACUGAUGGAAAUUGUUUAGGUGGCUGUCAGGAAGGUUUCACAGGAGAUAAUUGUCAUGAAAGAAUACAGAAUUUACAUAACACACCUGAUGCCGCAGUCAUCGCCGCCCCUGUCGUCGCCACUGUUGUGCUGAUAACAGUCAUCGUAGUUGUUGUCAUCUUAAGAAAAAGACAACCUUCUUAAAAGAAUAAAAAGAAGGAGAACUGUGUGCAAUUGCAGGCGAUUCCAGAACAAGGUCUGACAACUAAAUAAAGCAACUUUAAUUUCCAAUUUUUAUUGUAUUUUUACUAUAAAAUUAU